GUAGUAAAAUUAUUAUCAGUUCAAUUGAACUCGGUGUGUGGAGGAUGAUAAGCCGGCGGGCUCAGUAAUAAAUGGUGUGAUCAGUCGCUCAUCGCAGCUGAGAGUCCAGUUGAGUUGUUUCCAGCUACGUUGCAAGAUGUUCCCCACUUGGCUAAUACUGUGCAUCGGCGUUCUAGGACUGUGUCAGGCAAAUGUUAUAUUUCACUUUGCGCUGGAUUUCCAUGUGAAACAGCCGGAAAAUUCAACGGAGCCCAUAGACAAAACCAUCCUGGUAGAUCAUAAUCGGGUCUUCGUACAGGACAGUAAAGUAAAUUCAUCCUGGCUUGAGCAAGAUCGGUAUACUGAGGAGGCGUGGCACCUAUUGAUGGACACCAAGCGCGUGGUGCAACAACUGAAUGUGGAGCUCUCUCCCCUGGUGGGCCGAAGCAACGAUCUGGCAGCUCGCCUCAAGCAAACCAUGCGCUAUGCAAACGAUGUGGACGCGUGCCUAGAGAAUGGCCAUUUCGGCCAGCAGGUGGAGCAGUUGCGCAAGUACGUCGCCCUGGUCGAUGCCCUCAAAUUGCCAAGCAGCACGGCCGGAUCGCGCACUCUAGAAUUUGUGGUGCUCAAGCUGACCCUGGAGAAGUAUCAACUGCCAGCCAAGCAGCUGCAGGUCGCCGACUAUCUGCAGCGGGCGGAUGCUGCGUGGACGACAUAUAAAAAUACACAGACCGUUCUAGCAGAAAGCUGAACCUAGAAUUCCUAUAUAUAGCUUAAAUUCACUAUAUUCGUAGAUUUCUCUUUAGUUUCUUUGCUCUAUAUUUCUGUAUCGCAGGAAUUGAAGAGAUGUCAAUCUAAAAUGUAUAUACAUACAUACAAAGCAUGUAUGUACAUAUAUUUAAGUACGUUAAAAUAAGUAACUGAUGUUAACAUUUGACUAGUUUACUUAAGUUAUUUAUAAGAAUACAAAUGAUCAAAUACAAUUAAUACAUCAAACUGCUUGUUUCAACAUGAAA